AUGGCUUCAAAUACCGAUGUCGUGAAUUCCUGGAAUGCUGCCACAACUCUACUGAAUCGGUAUUUCUCAAUAUCUAUCUUCUUCUUCGGCAUUGUGGGUAACAUCCUGAAUAUUCUUGUCCUUUUUCAACAUAAUCUUCGUUCAAAUUCCUGUGCAUUUCUUUUUCUCAUGUCAUCGGUGGCAAAUCUCGUAGCGAUUUUCUCCGGCCUUUUUACUCGUACAACAUCCGGCUGGGCAGUUGACUUAACAAACACAGUUACAUGGCUUUGUCAAAUCCGUACCUUUGUCGUAUUUGCUUCGCGAACGGUCGCUUAUUGUCUAGUUGCUCUAGCAACAGUGGAUCGAUAUUUAUCAUCAUGUGCCAAUGUUCGUCGACGGCAAAUGAGUUCUCUGAAAAACGCCCGACAAGGGACCAUUCUUAUCCUUAUUUUUUCAUGUCUACUCUACGUUCAAAUGUUCUAUUGCUACGAAGCCAAUCUUCUCGAUGCACCACUUCGAUGCUACGGCAAAACAAUUGCAUGUCGUCUAAUAACGGAUCUGACUUAUGCAUUCUUCGCGAAUAUAAUUCCGUUGAUAGUCAUGCUUUGCUUUGGAUUAUUAACAAUACUUAACAUCACUCGAACGAAACACCGCGUGAAUCACAUCGAUUUGAGCCAUUCGUCGGAUGUUAUACGACAUAGUCAACGACACUCGAAGAAAAUAGAUCAUUACCUUCUGAUCAUGUUAUCUGUACAAGUGGUUCUCUUUGCUUUAUUUACUCUACCACAGAAUAUUCAAAAAUUUAUUGCCUUAGCUGAAACAAAUCAAACGAAAUCAAAAUUAGACACUGCGAUUGAGAAUUUUAUUUUCAAUUUCUUUCUACUGUUCGCUUAUCUGGCCAAUGGAAUGACAUUUUACAUCAAUACUCUGUUCGGCGGCAGUGUUUUUCGAAAUGAAUUAAUGAAAUUAGUGCGUGGAAAAUGCCGAUAG